CGCCCCGGGGCGCUGCCAAGGGAACGGGUGAGUGACGGGCGGGAGCGGCGCGGCCGCCAUGGGGGGCUCGGCCAGCCUGCUGCCGCGGGACGCGCUGGGCGAGUACCAGGAGCUGACGUUCCUGAGCAAGCCGGAGAUCCUGCUUGCCUACAAGAGGUUCAGUGAACUGCUGCCAAAGGAGGAGAGGGAGAAUGCCUGCUCCGCACGGGUUCCCAAGAGCCAGAUCCUGACGCUGCCUGAGCUGCGGGCAAACCCCUUCCAGCACCGGAUCUGUCGGGUGUUCUCCACCUCAGACAAUGAGGAUGACAGCAUGUCCUUUGAAGACUUCCUCGAUAUGUUGAGCGUCUUCAGUGACUCCGCUACCUCGGACAUCAAAUCCCACUAUGCCUUCCGCAUCUUUGACUUUGAUGAUGAUGGGACCCUGGACAGAAAUGACUUGGAGAAACUGGUGAACUGUCUGACGGGCCAAGGUGAGGAGUCGCAGCUGAGCAGCGCGGAGAUGGAGCAGCUCAUCCAAAAUAUACUGGAGGAGUCCGACAUCGACAAGGAUGGCACCAUCAACCUCUCCGAGUUCCAGCACGUCGUCUCCCGCUCUCCAGACUUUGCCAGCUCCUUCAAGAUCGUCCUGUGAGAGCAGCUCUCCGGCAGAACUGCUUCUCUGGCUAUUGCAACUCUUUGUGGUCUCAGACAUUUCCUCUUUCAGUGAGCAGAGCGAGAGAGGCCCCUGCUCCUCACCAGCCCAGCAGUGCCGCACAGUGCCUUAGGCAGGACACCCUCCUGCUCUCCUUCCAUGCCUGCUGAAAGGCCAUGCCUGCAGAGGUGGGGCCCUGGGAAGCUGCCUUGCCUAUAGCCUUGAUCCUCUCCCAGGAUCAGAUUUUAACUCCUUAUGCAAAACUGAAGGCAGCUCUGUGGGUGUGGGGAGGCACACAAAGGUGCUUCUGCCUGGGGGCCACACUGCACCGAGCACAGCCCCUUCUCUGCCCUCAGUACCAAUUUGUGCCUUCCCCUAGCGGGCAGGGAGCUGCCUCCCCACGCUGAGCCCCUGCACAGCUCUCCCAUAUUCCUGGGGGCCUUUCUGCUGCCAUGUGGAUCCAUCGCCCUGAGCAAUAACCCAAACGUGGAUCCAUCGCCCUGAGCAAUAACCCAAACGUGGAUCCAUCGCCCUGAGCAAUAACCCACACCGUAGAUGUGCCAUCCAGGGCUGCACAGGACGCAGGACACCUUCUUCCCUGGACCAGCAAGGCACAGCCCCAUGGGCAGCACAGCCAGGCUCACCCCUUGGCACUGACCGUGCUGGGGGCCUGCUCUCUCUGUUUUUUCCUCUUCUCCUUUCUCCCCCCUCCUCUGGCUCAAGCUCAGCAGCUGCUUUGCCCGCCCUGGCCUCUUCCUCCCUCAGCUCCUGCGAGGACAAAUAAAGGGCUCUGGUUUCACCCUC